UCUGGUGGGGAGAUGUGGCCGCCUCAUCAUCCUCCAGUCGCAGCCAUCUCAUGAGGGAACGCGCAUUACCGCCGCCAUCUUAGCAGACGGACCCACAACAAUAACAAUACUAGGCGGCUGGGAACGAGCGCCACGGCCAGAGAGCAGGGCACCGGGACGUGUCGCUCGCUAACGCCGGGUUCUCGCGGCCGUGCUGAGCGGCCAGGCCCUACUUGUCUGAUGAGUGCCGGGAGUGGGCUGCGUUGUGACGGGGGGCUGAGCUACGACACGGCGGUCCCGGGCUAAUGCGACCAGGAGACGACAACGUACAUCGACCACUGUUGUGUAAAUCAAAAGCGACCCAGGAUGAAAAGAGGAAGAAUGGCCAGUGACACCAGCAUUGGGUUAUCAGUCGGAGAGUUGGGGGAAUUGUCAAAAAAGCCAAAGAGCACCCGGGACGAAGCCACGGAGCCUUCUGAGGGUCACGAUUGGGGGAAUCUACUUCCUGACAUCAUUCUGCAGAUUUUUCAGUAUUUGCCUCUCUUGGAUCGUGCACAUGCCUCCCAAGUGUGCAGAAACUGGAAUCAUGUGUUUCACAUGCCCGACCUCUGGAGAUGCUUUGAAUUUGAGCUCAAUCAGCCGGCUACUUCUUACUUAAAGGCGACACAUCCUGAUCUGAUCAAACAGAUCAUAAAGAGGCACUCGAAUCACCUGCAGUAUGUCAGCUUCAAGGUUGAUAGUAGUAAGGAAUCGGCAGAAGCUGCAUGCGAUAUUCUUUCUCAACUUGUAAACUGCUCUUUGAAAACACUUGGAUUGAUUUCAACUGCUCGACCAAGCUUUAUGGAUUUACCAAAGUCACACUUCAUCUCUGCUCUCACUGUUGUGUUUGUCAACUCAAAGUCACUAUCCUCGCUUAAAAUUGAUGAUACUCCGGUUGAUGAUCCAUCUCUGAAAGUGCUAGUGGCCAACAAUAGUGACACCCUAAAGCUUUUGAAAAUGAGCAGCUGUCCACACGUUUCUCCUGCAGGAAUUCUAUGUGUCGCAGAUCAGUGUCAUGGUCUGCGGGAAUUGGCUUUGAAUUACUACUUACUGAGCGAUGAGCUGCUGCUGGCAUUGUCCUCUGAGAAGCACGUGCGGUUGGAACACCUGCGUAUCGAUGUUGUCAGCGAGAACCCAGGGCAAACACACUUUCACGCCAUUCAGAAAAGCAGCUGGGAUGCUUUAAUAAAGCAUUCUCCUAAGGUGAACCUAGUCAUGUACUUCUUCCUUUAUGAAGAGGAGUUUGAUCCGUUUUUCCGCUACGAAACGCCAGUCACACACCUGUACUUUGGGAGAUCUGUAAGCAAAGAAGUGCUUGGCCGUGUUGGCAUGACAUGCCCUCGGCUCGUGGAGUUGGUUGUUUGCGCUAAUGGACUUCGACCUCUUGAUGAAGAACUGAUUCGCAUUGCAGAGCGAUGCAAGAGCCUGACGGCCAUUGGACUUGGGGAGUGCGAAGUCUCUUGCUCUGCAUUUGUAGAGUUUGUAAAGAUGUGUGGUGGUCGCCUGUCCCAGCUUUCAAUCAUGGAGGAAGUUUUAAUCCCCGAUCAGAAGUUUAACUUGGAGCAAAUUCAUUGGGAAGUUUCAAAGCAUCUUGGCAGAGUCUGGUUUCCAGACAUGAUGCCUACUUGGUAGGAUUUGAAGCUGAUCUACUACCUGUGGUUCUAUGGAAGAGCACCUUAAAUCUUUAGCACGAUUGCAUGACAAGCUAAUAAACUCAUCUGCAGUUUUUGCUUUAUUUAAUAGUGUGCAGGAACUAAUUUAUUACAGUCACAUUAUAGUUUGGAAUAUUUAGGGACCAUAGAUUUGGACAUGCAUUUAAUCCACGGGAUUCAGAUAAAUUAGUGGAAGCUGAGCCAGGGAUAAUUUGUUCGGUGUCGCACUUAAUCCGUUGAUUUUAAGCCUUUUAUUUAGUGCAAAAUUUCGAAAAGGUACAUUUUAUCUUGCAGGGACCUAAUUUUGGCUUUUACAUUUUUUGUGUACUCAAUAAAGAGACCCUACUUUGCUUGUCA